UAUUUAUUCUAAAAAUGAACAGGUCAAUGACAGACUUGGAGUUGCUGGAGCUGAUCAACCGGCAGUUAGAAGAGAACCAUAAAAAACAAGUUAUUGUAAAACAGAAUAUUACCAAGGCAGAUCGGCUUUAUUCAAACAUCAUGAAACAGUCGAACUAUGUUGAUAAUUUUAAGCAGGAUAUGAAGGCAGGGGAAGUCCAUUCUGAUGACCAGAUUUACUAUGAAAAGUAUGCCCCUGGCUCUAAGCAAGAGUGCUUUUAUUUCAAGUUCUUGGCUAAGGCAAAUGAAUAUCUGGCUAUUUCAAACGAAGAUGAAAGUCUUAACCAGGAAAGAUCAUGCAAGUCCAAUAAUAUGACACCUGAUGGAGACCCUGAAUAUGAAGAAUUCUCUGAUAUAAACACUGGAGGAUAUCGCAAGAGGCAGAGGCACCAACUCUCGCAGAAAUUCAAGUCCAAGAAUAAGUAUAAAUUCAAGCCCGCAGAGGACAAGGUCCUUUUGAAUGCGAUUGAGGCAAACCCUGGAAAUGAAAUGGAAGCCCUCCGGAACCUUGCUAUGACCGGCCCCAGAAAACUACUCGAGCUGUACAAGAGGCACAAAGAGAUUGAAGGAAGUCACGAAGUCGAAUGGACAGAUGAGGAAAGGGAGAAACUUAAGAGCCUCAUCUUGAAGUACGGGGAAAGGACAAAUUGGUUCCAGAUCUCAAUGAAUUUUGAUAACAAGAACAGUUACCACUGCUUCUUGGAGUAUAAGAAAAUGCAAGAUAACAACAUUAAGAAGGGAAAAUGGUCAGUAGAGGAAGAUAUCAGGCUAUCUGUCAGUUUGAAGGUCUAUGGCGAGAAAAACUGGGCAUUAAUAGCAAAAUCGGUCCCUAAUAGGACAGAUGUUCAAUGAAGAGAGCGAUAUUGAAAUAUUCUGGAUCCUCGAAUUCAUCAUUCUGAUUGGACAGAGGAAGAAGAUGAAAGAUUAAGGAAUGCAUAUGAGAUUAAUCCAGAUAAAUGGUCUAAGAUAGCUACUUCUGUAAGCACUAGAACUGACAAUCAAUGACGAAGACGUUGGACAAUGUUAAACAAUACAAAAUCAAAGCCGGCUUCAAAAAGAGCUGGAGCAAAGAGGAAGGCUAAGGCUGAGAGCAAGAAGGCUACUUCUAAACAGAAAUCAAAAUCAAAUGCUUCAAUAGACACUCCGUCUAAUCCUAAGAAUAGUUCUCCUGAAAUGUCUAAACAACAAGAGUCUCAAAAUCAGGAGAAAAUUAUCACUUCUCCAAAAAUUUUACACAAACCUCAAAAAGACACCCCUCCUCAAAAUUGCUCUCUAAAUGCUCAAAAUUCACUCAAAGACCUCUCAGAGGUCUCUAAACGUCAAAAAGCAUCAAACUCUUCUAAAAACCUACCUAAAACUGCUCCAAAACCCACUAGAAUUCCUAAAAAGCCUGCUAAAAAGCGAGCUCCUCGCAAGACUCCACCUAAAACUUGUAAAAAUCCAAAACGGAAGAAAGCCAGUGAUCCAUCUGAUGCCUAGAUUUCUCUUAAAAAUAAAC